AUGUCGUCGAGAAGAGCUGCCGCUGCCGCUGCUCAAAAGGGUAAAACUCUCUCCUCUCCAGCUUCUAUUGAAAUUACCAUUUCUGCCCUUGAUUCUAAAAUCACAGAGAACAAGAUCCCGACUCCAACCCAAUUCAACCAUUUGGUGAAUGAUCUAUUCAAUUCGAUUCGAGCCGGUGCUUUUGUGAGGUUUGAAGAUGCAGCGGGCCUCUUCAAUUGGAUCCCAUCCGAUAUCUAUACAUGGAACAUUCUUCUCAAUUGUUCCUGCCGCUUGAAUGGCAUCGGUUCUGGUUUUGCUAUUCUCAGCAACAUCCUGAAACGUGGCCAUGAGCCGAAUCUCGUGACUCUGGCUACUUUUAUUAAGGGGUUUUGUAUGGAAGGGCGGAUUGGGGAAGCGAGUAGUUUCUUUCUGAAGACGGUAGAAAUGGGAUAUCCUUAUAAUGUGGUGUCGUUCGGGAUACUAAUUGACGGUCUUUGCAAGUCGGGGAACAAUGGAAUGACUCUUGGGUUGCUUCGGAAAAUGGAGAAGGGAGAGGGUAAAUGUAGUCCUAACUCUGUUGUUUAUACUCAACCUGUCAGUAGCUAA